UUCUUCAUUGGCUCACAAACAAGCAUUCGAGUGAGUAAUAGUAAUGGCAUCUCUAUUAGCCAUGAAUAAUAAUAAUAUCCAAACAACCAUUUCUUCCCAAUAUUUACCGCCUAAUUUUAACCACUUUCCGAAUAAAUCACCAUCCUACUUUAAACCUCUACGAUUUCACAAACCUCAUUCCAGAAUCGUUUGCAUGGCGGAGCCCUAUUUGUUGAAGAAACUUGAAUCAGCUGAGAAAACUUGGAAAGAAUUAUCGAAUAAGCUAGCAGAUCCGGAAGUGACAUCAAAUCCUAGUGAGUACCAAAAGCUGGCACAAUCUAUGUCUGACCUUAAUGAGGUCGUAUCCACAUACAGAGGAUUCAAGGACUGCGAGAAACAACUUGAAGAGUCAAAAGCUUUGUCGAAAGAUGCUGACAUUGAUGAAGAGAUGGCCGAGAUGAUAGCUUCUGAAAUUGACUCUUUAUCUGAGCAGCUAAAAGUGUUUGAAGAAAAGCUUAAGAUGUUACUGAUUCCGAGUGAUCCUCUGGAUACAAGGAACAUAUUACUUGAAGUAAGGGCCGGCACAGGUGGUGAAGAGGCUGGACUGUGGGCUGCUGACCUUGUUCGUAUGUAUCAAAGGUACAGUGAAAGAAACUCAUUGAGAUACUCACCACUUUCAUGCUCUGAGGCUGAAAGAGGAGGAUACAAGACCUACGUUAUGGAAGUUAAAGGUGCUCGGGUAUAUAGCAAACUCAAGUACGAAUCCGGUGUUCAUAGAGUUCAGCGUGUUCCUCAGACCGAAGCCCAAGGCCGCAUUCACACAUCAACUGCCACCGUGGCCAUCAUGCCAGAGGCCGAAGAGGUCGAUGUGGUUAUUGAUCCAAAAGAUAUUGAACUUACAACUGCAAGAUCUGGUGGCGCUGGAGGUCAGAAUGUCAAUAAGGUAGAAACGGCAGUGGAUCUUUUCCACAAACCAACAGGAAUCAGAAUUUUCUGCACAGAAGAAAGGAGUCAACUUAAAAAUAAAAAUCGUGCAAUGCAGCUACUGCGAGCCAAGCUAUAUGAAAUUAAAUUGAAGGAACAACAAGAAUCUGAGAGAAAUCAAAGAAAAUCUCAGGUUGGUAGUGGCGCACGUGCAGAAAAGAUCCGCACAUACAAUUACAAGGACAAUAGGGUUACUGAUCACAGAUUGAAAAUGAACUUCGAGCUCACUUCAUUUCUUGAUGGUGAUAUUGAGACAGCCAUUCAGUCUUGUGCUUCUAUGGAACAAAGGGAAUUACUAGAGGAGCUUGCGGAUUCAGCUGCAGCCCGUUAAGUUACAUUUUUCAAGUGUAGCUGAAUCGUUAUCAAAAAUUGUUGCUGUCUUUCCUGUACAUUAGCAUAAUCCACAGGGUAUACAAUACCAGCGAGAAGCACCUCUCAUAUUCCCAUGUAACAUUACUUCACGGAUGUUGCUGACAUGUUGAUGCUUUUGUAAAUGGCAAUACAAAAAGGGACAUUGGAUGUCUGAUUUUCUGUUGUCCAUUGUAUUGUAACACAACAAGGUGUCAUUAUUUUUGUAAAACUUCAUCUGAUUUACAUGAAUUUUCGUUAGUUUGAAA